CUCUCUUCAUUCAAAAACCCUAGCCUUUCUCACUCUUCCUCUUCCUCUCCCUCUCCCUCUCACAUCCCUUAAGCCAGCCGCCGUCCUCAUUUUCUUUCUUGUUCGUUAAACCAAGCAGCCGCACGAUUUUUCUCCUCGGCGGCCCAUAGCUCCGAUGACACGAGCGACGGCGGCGACUAGAUCUGUGGACGAAGCAGACGGGCGACGCUCCUUCACACGAUCCAGCUUCGACUGUAGAUCCGACGACUCCGCAGCAGCAAAUCCGAGCGGCGCGAUCUCCUACCGGCGACUCAGAUCUGCAGUUUCUUCUGCUAAUACCGAUCAAAAUGGAGGUGGACAAAAUUGUGUGAGAGAUGAACUGAGAAGUAGCUUCUAAUGAUAUAUAACUCAGGUUAAAUGUGAUGGUGAAAACGAAGCAAAGACAAAAUAAUAAUCCUAGUCAUCUUUCUGGCUCUUCAAACUCUGUUAUUGGUUUGGAUUUGCACGGAGAUGAUAGUUGGGUAGUGGUGAAGAAGCAGAAAGUCACAAUCCUAGUGCCUCCCUCAUCGAUAGUACGAAAAUCCUCAACUCCCAAUGCAGGGCAAAGUCAGCUGCAACCAAUUUCUCUUGAAGAGAAAUGUCUAGAAGUGCCUGCAGCUGUGCUGCCACUGUCUUCUAAAAAUGUUAAGCCACGAACUUCGAAAUCUGCUCCUCCGCAUCAUAUUUUGACAUCGAACGAGCCACUGAAGCAAGCUACGAGGCCCCAAAGUCCAGAUGAAGCUUGCAAUUCAGGGCCUUCUAAGGUUUUAGGAGUAGUGAAUGCCACGAAACCGAUGUUGCAGCCUAGACGGUUGCAUUGCCCUGAUAGCUUUCUCAGUGGAGGCACAUUGUUAAAUUUAAGACUCAGGGCGCUUAAUCUGGAGAGGAAGCUGCAGAAAGCUGGAGGUUUAAGUAGGUGGUUGAUAUCUCUGGGAUUGCACCAAUUUGUGGGUAUUUUCCAGAGAAAAAGCAUCAACAAGUUUCAGCUGGUGAAUCUGACCAUGAACAAGCUGAAAGAUAUGGGUGCCAAUGCAGUGGGGCCGCGUAGAAAACUGAUACAUGCAAUUGAGUGUGUCUGUCAACCCUACAAUUCUGAACCUUUUGAGCGUGUUUAUCGUAUUUAACCAAUGGAUUCGAACCCAUCCUUCAGCUUUCUUGCAAGGGUAUGCAGUCCCAUCCAAAGAGAAGGAUAUACAUUGGUUCAGUUCUAAAUGUGUAUUGCAUCUUCGAGGGAUUGAUGGCCGAAAAAGUGUACAACUGAGGUCCUAUCUCUAGAGUUAUGGUUUUCUUCUUGAAUAGUCAAACAGAGAACUGUGUAAAGCUCCAGUUUUUAGAUAGUGAAGAUAGAAAGCACGUCUUUUCUCAAAUGUGCUGGGGUUUUAUAUCUAACAAGAUCACCAUAUAAUUAAUGGUCAGAAUUGUAACGGGGAUGAACCUUUCUUCAUUCUCCAUUUUGUGUGGUAGGAGAUCGUUCCUUUGUAUGAUACACAUUGUGCAGUUUAUAGAGGUGUUGUUUUACUGGUUAUUUUGAAACUUCUAUACAAAUAUUUGUCAGUUUUAUAUUUAAGAGAGAGGUUCUUGAA